UUGGAAUGAGUUUUUGACUCGUGGAGUCAGGAAUAAUCUCCAGAAUGCUUCCUGGACAGUUGCCUUAGUUUAUGGCUUUCUUAAACAGGUACAUAACAAACUCCUCUUUUGGCUAAUGGAUAUAGUUAAUGCUGCAAUCAUUAAACCAUGGAUUAGUAGUAUUCACACAAAAUGA